AUUUUUUUGUUGUUAUUUUUUCCAAGUUUUUUUGGCAACCAUGGCUGAGGCUCUUCAAGGGUUUUUCGAUCGUCUUCUGACUCGUGUUCCUGGUCUCCUCGCUGCCAUCGUCACGGACCGCGACGGCGUCAUUGUCGUGAAAGCCACCACAUCCGCCAACCCCCAGGCAACUCUGCAAGCCGGAUACCUCGCUAGCUUCACUGCUGCCAUUGAACAGGCGAGCAAGAUUGGACUCCAAAAGAACACCGUUGUCGCUUGCUCGUACGAGUCGUACCAGACCGUGCACUUCAACCACCUGCCGAUCAUCCUCACCUUCAUUGCUUCGAGCGAGGCAAACAUUGGUGUCCUUCUCAGCCUCGAAGACGAGCUGGCCAAGGUGAUUGAGCCGAUUGCCAGCAACUUCCGUAGCCGAGCUGCUGAGCUUGAUCUCUAAAAAUCCACUUUUCCACUUUCUUUUUUUUUGACAAGUUUGAUGCAAUUUCCUUCUCCACUUUUCUUCUCGUGCUGAUUGUUCUCGCUGUUAGAUGACGUCGUUUUUCUCCUCUGUUGAUGGUGUCGAUGAACACAUCUUUUCUUCUUCAUUACACCCCAUCCUAUUGCUUCGAUUUGGACAAAUCCACAAAAUCUUAUAUUUCGCUCAGAG